AUGGCUUCUACCGCAGAAACAACUCCCCUGCUCCCCCAGCACCAACAACAACCCGCAACAUCUAAUACGUCACCGCGAGCAAACCGGCGGACAGUCACCUUCAACCCUCUCACUACAGUCAGCACAUAUCACGAUACCACCUCUACAAACGCUCCGGUGAAGACCCUAUAUUCCGGUCCUUCCUCAUUUCCGAGUUCCCAGGAAACCCCGCAACGACCGACUGGCCUGUCCGCAUUGAACAGCAAGCUUCGUCGCCGGAAUAGCCAUGGAGCGCCCUAUAGUGCAGCCCCCUCAAUGCCUGCGGCACCCAAAGUCGGCCCACAAAGAACGACAAAGAAAGCUCAGAAAUUGAAACUUCUCCCUGAUCCGAUCACCGAGGAGGCUGCUGAAGGCGAAUUCCCAUCAGACGUCUACUCGCAAAUCGCACGGAUUAAGGAACCCACUGCUCGAAGCCAUGCUGCAAGACUGGGCAAGUCGGACAGAGAACGACUACCCCGUGUGACUGCAUACUGUACGGCCAAUUCAUAUCGACUAGAUGGAGCGGUCAGGUUUCUCAAAUCAAGGUCCAAAACCCGUGGAGCAAAUCCGAAACUCUACGAUGAGUGUGUCUACUCGCCUUUCGACUACCAAUACGAAGAAAAGCAAAGAAGUACUUCAGAAAACAAUGUUGGCAUGAAUAAUGUGGGUAUGAGGGAAACGUUCCAGAGGCCAUCCACCGAGCGCAGAUUCUCCGACAGCGUGGUCGAAAUCGAAGAUAAUACUAAAUCCCGGAGAGAGGACCUCAUCGACCUUCGAGACUCUCAAGCUCACCAAUCAGAGAAUGCUAUAGCGGAAACCCAAUCUGAAACUCCAGACUUCGACACCACAAUCCACACCCCGGAGGUAUUCCUCUUUGAUUAUGGCACGGUCGUUAUAUGGGGCAUGUCGCCCGCACAAGAAUCCCGGUUCCUGUCCGAUGUCUCUAAAUUCGCAACGUCCAUCUUGAGUCCCGAAGAUACACAGGUCGAAAACUUUAAUUUCUACUAUGCGCGUGAGUACCAGGCGCGGAUAUACAACGACUUCAUCUCUCUGCGCGAACCCCGAAACCACAUGAUCAAACUGGCCAUCUCACAUGCUCUUGCUCAAUCAGUGAAGACCUCUCUUUUCGAGGAUCUCGUCUCAGAAACGAUCUCGAAUACUGCACCAUUGCCUGCCCAGAUCGCACAGACAGGAAGUGUCAAUCUCACGCGGCGACAAAUCAACAUGCAAGUCGGAGAAUUAUUCAUUCUACGAAUCAAUAUCCAUCUCCAGGGUUCGGUUCUAGACAGCCCAGAACUAAUGUGGGCAGAACCACAGUUAGAGCCUGUCUACCAAGCCGUGCGGAGCUACCUCGAAAUGGACCAACGAGUCAGCCUCCUGAAUGAACGACUAGACGUAAUUGCAGAUCUCCUGGCCGUUCUCAAAGACCAACUGACUCACCGACACGGUGAGUAUCUAGAAUGGAUUGUCAUCGUCCUCAUCGCUGCAGAGAUCCUCGUCGCAGCCAUCAAUAUCGUGGUCGACUUAUACGCUGGCGUUGACUAA